GAUGACUCAGGGCGGAGCUCCGCAUCCAACCCCAGGCGGCCGCCAAGUUCUCUGGAUGGGACCAGAAGUUUCUAGCCGGCCAGUUGCUGCCUUCCCUUUAUCUCCUCCUUCCCCUUUGGCAGCAGGGAGGCUAUUUCCAGACACUUCCAGCCCUCUCCGGCCACGUCACCCCCUCCUUUAAUUCAUAAAGGUGCCCAGCGCCGGCUUCCAGGACACGUCGGCGGCCGCAGGGCUCUAGGACAGCGGCCCGCACUCGGCGACCCCGCGCCCCCGCCGCUCCGGGCGGACCCCGACCCAGCAUGAGCGCCGCCACCCACUCGCCCGUGGUGCAGAUGGCGACCGGCAACAGCGCGGGCGACCGCGACCCGCUGCCCCCGGGCUGGGAGAUCAAGAUCGACCCACAGACCGGCUGGCCCUUCUUCGUGGACCACAACAGCCGCACCACGACGUGGAACGACCCGCGCGUGUCCCUCGAGGGCCCCAAGGAAACUCCAUCCUCUGCCAACGGCCCUUCCCGGGAAGGUUCCAGGCUGUUGCCCGCUAGGGAAGGCCAUCCUGUAUACCCUCAGCUCCGACCAGGCUACAUUCCCAUUCCUGUCCUCCAUGAAGGCUCUGAGAACCGACAACAGCCUUUCCAUGCCUAUGCCCAGCCUGGGCCACAGCGAUUCCGAACUGAGGCAGCAGCAGCUGCUCCUCAGAGGUCCCAGUCACCUUUGCGUGGUGGCAUGGCAGAAGCCACCCAGCCAGAUAAACAAUGUGGACAGGUGCCCGCAGCUGCAGCAGCUCAGCCUCCAGCUGCCCAUGGUCCUGAGCGGUCUCAGUCUCCAGCUGCCUCUGACUGCUCAUCCUCGUCCUCCUCAGCCAGCCUGCCCUCCUCUAGCAGGAGCAGUCUGGGCAGUCACCAGCUCCCCAGGGGCUACAUACCCAUCCCGGUGAUACAUGAACAGAACAUCACCCGGCCAGCAGCCCAGCCCUCCUUCCACCAAGCCCAGAAGACCCACUACCCAGCUCAGCAGGGUGAAUACCAGACCCACCAGCCUGUGUACCACAAGGUCCAGGGGGAUGACUGGGAACCCCGGCCUCUGCGGGCAGCAUCCCCGUUCAGGUCACAGGCCCGGGGUGCAUCCAGCCGGGAAGGUUCUCCAGCCAGAAGCAGCACGCCAGUUCACUCCCCAUCGCCUAUCCGUGUGCACACCGUGGUCGACAGGCCUCAGCAACCCAUGACCCACCGGGAGCCUCCACCAGUUGCCCAACCUGAAAACAAAGUAGAGAGCAAGCCAGGCCCAUCUGGACCAGAUCUCCCUCCUGGACACAUCCCUAUUCAAGUGAUCUGCAAGGAGGCAGAUUCUAAGCCUGUUUCCCAGAAGCCGCCCCCUCCUGAGAAGGUGGAGGUAAAGGUAUCCUCUGCCCCGAUUCCUUGUCCUUCUCCAAGCCCUGCCCCUUCUGCUGUCCCCUCUUCUCCCAAGAAUGUGGCUGUGGAGGAGGAGGCGGCCCCCAGUCCUGCUCCUGCAGAAGCUGCACCCAGAUCAGAAGCUGAGGCUCCGCCCAAACAUCCAGGCGUGCUGAAAGUGGAGGCCAUUCUAGAAAAGGUGCAGGGGCUAGAGCAGGCAGUAGACAACUUUGAAGGCAAGAAGACUGACAAAAAGUACCUGAUGAUCGAAGAGUAUUUGACCAAAGAGCUGCUGGCCCUGGAUUCCGUGGACCCCGAAGGCCGGGCUGACGUCCGUCAGGCCAGGAGAGACGGUGUCAGGAAGGUUCAGACCAUCUUGGAAAAACUAGAGCAGAAAGCCAUUGAUGUCCCAGGUCAAGUCCAGGUCUAUGAACUCCAGCCCAGCAACCUGGAGAGCGAUCAGCCGCUGCAGGAAAUCAUAGGGAUGAGUGCCCCAGCGGCCGACAAGGGUAAGCAGAACCCUGGAAACGAAGAUCAGCAAACUGAAAGCCAGCAGCCAGAAGCCAAAGCAGCCGCGGCUCCAAGUCCCAGCAGCGCGGCAGACUCAACUGGCAACCCGGCACUGUAGUCUCCCCUGAGUAGAAAUCAGCCUGGGAACUGAUGGUGUGCUGUAGGGACUUCUAAGUUGCAUGCACUGCAGGGACUUGCAGUCGGUUGGUUUUUAUUUCGCAUAGACUCUUGGUACGCAGUAACUUGGGGUGGAGGUCAAACACUAAUAAAAGGGCUGAAAGAAAAAUGAUGCUUUUCUUCUAUAGUCUGUAAAAAUAAGGAAGUUGCUUGUUUUCAGAAGCUUAACCCUGUUGCUUGUUUGGGAGCCCUGUCUGUGCAUGGGCUACAUGUGUUAGCCACAGUUGUGAGCUGUCUUCCUGUAGCUCUGAACUGAAGGAGUUCUGAGAGGGGGAUAGUCAAUUUCCCAUCACGUAAAUAUGAAAUCUGUUUUUGAGAAAUGUUGCCAUUUUAAUAGGAUGAUUUUCAGCUCAUCAUUCAAAUAUCUAACUUUAGCUAGAAUGAGAUGUGUAAGGAGCCAUAGGAUUAUCUAUGUGUUGAAUGGCUUUAAUGUUACAUUUGGGGGAAGAAAAAGAAAAUAAAGCAAUUAUAUAACUCA